AUGCUCCUUAAAAUCAGCAAUGGACAAAUUGCAUCCAACAAUGGAUACAUUGACACUACCACCAUUGACCACACUGUCUCCAGCCCUGAUGACUUAUGUUCUGCCGUUUACCCAAAUCUUACAAUGAAAUACUUAAAACCAGAUUGGCUUUGUGACAGGUUUGUUCUUGCACCUACAAAUGCAGCUGUCAACACUCUUAUCUACAACUUACUCAGUCAGCUACCGUCUGAAGAAUGCUGUUGCAGAUCAGUUGAUGCUGUAACCAACCUCGAUCAAGUUACACACUUUCCAACAGAAUUUCUCAACUCCCAAGAUACUCCAGGACUUCCUCCUCAUGAACUUCAUUUAAAAGUCGGUUGCCCUGUCAUCCUCCCAUGCAAUCUAAAUGCACCCACACUAUGCAAUGGAACUUGCAUUGUGGUCAAACAAAUGAUGGACCAUGUCACUGAAGCCCAGAUUAUCAUGAAACAUACCAAAAACGAUACUGUUUACAUUCCAAAAAUUUCACUAACCCCAACAUACUGCCCCUACCCUAUGCAGAAACUUCAGUUCCCUCUCAAACUCAGCUUUGCCGUAACAAUUAACAAAGCACAAGCUCAGUUGCUGAAAGUUGUUGGAUUAGACCUUCGAACAUUGUUCUUUUCACAUGGAUAG